AUGUUUGCAUUUGCGAAGCAGCUUGUCAAAAGUACCGCAGAAGGUAUCAUCAAUAAUGCUGGUGGUUCUUACGAAUCCACUCAAUAUGGAUACACAAACCCUCAUCCUGGAACUCACCAACAAGCCCAACGCGACCCUACCCACGGCUUCCGCGUCGUUCACGUCGCCUCCAAUUCCCCCGCAAGUGCUGCUGGCAUAGAAGCUUUGUUUGAUUUUAUUGUUGGAAUUAAUGGCCAUGAAAUUGUGGGAAUUUCAGACAAUUACAAUAACUUUGCAGAUUUCACUGGACCUGCUUCUCCAGUUUCACCCUAUUAUAACAACACCCAAUAUAAGCCUCAGAGCUUAUACCCAAACCAAGACAACUAUGGUUAUAAUAACCAGGACCCUAAUGGAUAUCCUCAAUACCCCCCUCAGGGUGUUGACCCAACUACUGCAAAUUCUCAAAACCCAUACCAGUCACAAUUACCAAAUCAACAAUUGCAACCUACACAAGCACAACCAACUAAUCCACGGACUCAUGGCCGACGCGCUUCAUCAAUCUCAUUUUCUUCUUCUCUUAUCAUUCCUCAGCUCAUCCCUCCUCAAUCUGAGCUGGCCCCAAUUGACCCAUUUGUUGCAGAAAUAUCCAACUGCAAAGGCCGUUCCAUCUCUUUGGACCUUUGGUCUUCCAAGGGCCACACCCGGCGAACAGUCAUUCUCCCUGUCCCAAGCACUCCAGCAGUCUCCACCACUAAUCUAGCUGAAAAGGCUUCACUUGAUGCGGAAUCUGAAACCCAAUCUCUCGGAAUUGGUUUGUCGUUGCAAUGGACACCACUUUCCGUAGCCGACCACGUUUGGCAUGUUCUUAAUGUGGCUCCAAACUCACCUGCAGAAUCUGCUGGACUAGUUUCUCAUUCAGACUACAUUGUGGGUGCUGAAGGUGGUCUUCUUGAACAAGGUGGUGAAGACUUGCUUGGUCGAGUUGUUUCGAAGCUUGUUUUAAACCACGUAAAUACCCGCAAGCAACAACAAAACCAACUCAACCAAAUCAUUGAAGAGUCUGAUAGAGCAGCAUCCGAAGCUGAAUCAAACGAAAGCCCACCCCUUACGGAAAGUUAUGAAGCUUCUUCAAUCGUCGACUCUCACACUGAGCUCGAGCUUUACGUCUACAACCAUGACUAUAACACUAUCAGACCGGUACGCAUUCGACCCAAUACCAUGUGGGGUGGCUCAGGCCUUCUCGGUUGUGGUGUUGGAUACGGCCUGCUCCACAGAUUACCUGCUGUCACCUCACUUGGUCUGUCUGCUGGCACUGACAAACAGCUGCCACCACCACCCCAAUCUGAGGCUCUAGGUGGACAAUAUGCCCCUACUGCUUCGCACGGCUAUACUUCUGGAUAUCCUACGGGAGUGCCACAAGUCCCUACAACAUUACCACCUGGUGGAACGCUAUUUGAUUCUGCGGCGCACGGUGCUUCGACCCCUGAGACUGGGCCUGUUGGCAAUUUCUUUGUGCCAGCCGAUGCGUCCGGUGUGCCGUCAGAAGUUCCUGUUAUCACUUCACCACCAAUUCCUGGACCAGUGGCACCUACAGUUCAGUCUCCGCCGCUACCAGCACUUCCUGGACUUGGCGGGGCCCCUGCUCCAAGUGCGUUUGCACGCAAGAAAAAGCACCACCACGGCGGCGCGGGCGCCCCGGCGGCCCAGGUGGAGGCCGAUCUGGCAGCAUACUUUGCUGAGGAAGAACAACGAAGUAAGGAGGUAGAAGGAACAUCAUCGAUUUCUCGAGGACUUGCAACUUCGCCUCCACCGCCACCUAUUGCCAACAGUAUGUCCCCGCCCCCACCGUCUGCUUAG